CUUUGCUUUGGUGAUUGGACAACAGUAGUCGAGCUUAGGUCAACUCAUAAACAAGCCAAGUACCAUGGCCAUAAAGUUUCUCGUAGUAUUUGCCCUGCUGGCAGUGGCUGCCACUCGGGCAGCUCCCUUCCAUGGCCACGAACACCACGGCCAUGGAGGUGCCACCAGCCACGCCUCCGUCCAUCUGACAUCCCACGACGAUCAUCACGAGGAACACCACCACGGUCACCAUGGUCAUGAGCAUGGACACGAUCACCAUGACUCACACGCCGAAUACGACUUCAACUACGGCGUUAAGGAUCACAAGACCGGGGAUGUCAAGGCGCAGAGCGAAUCACGACAUGGCCAUAAGGUUACAGGACACUAUGAGUUGAUCGACGCCGAUGGCCACAAGAGGACUGUCCACUACACUGCCGACAAGCACAAGGGUUUCGAGGCCCAUGUCCACAGGGAGAAGCUGCACGGACACCAUCAGGCGGAGCACCACGGACACGGUCACAGUGGCUACGAAGGCGGUCAUGUUGAGUUUGAGGAGCACUCCUCUGGCUCGCACUCCGGUCACGAGUACGGACACGGACACGAGCACGGCCACGGACACGGACAUGGUCACAGCUCCCACAGCUACUCCCUGAAGCAGGAUCAUGGACAUGGACACAGCCACGGACACGACCACGGCUUCGAACACGGACAUGGCUAUCACUAAUCUGAUCUUUAGACUUUUCACAUUGUUUUCCUCCUCAUAACUCAAGAUGAACCAAAUAUUAAUUGUUGUUAUACCAAAAUA